AUGGAAAAACAUCACCCACCACAAAGCACCAACCUUUGCUCACCAACAUCUUCUCCCACAACCUUUGUCCAAGCAGACACAAACACCUUCCGAGACCUAGUACAGAAGCUGACUGGUUUAUCCGGUGACUCAGAGAAGCUCCCAGUCACCCACCCCACGAGGCACUACCCAAAGGCACCCACAAUUCCCGGUGACCCAACCGGCCCCCGCCGGUCACCGUUCAAGCUCCAAGAGCGAAGACACACCAUGAGGAAGCUCGAGAUCAAGCUCAGCCUCGCCAACCUCCACGGCUCCCAGUCGCAGACCCCGCGCCAAACCUACCAGCUCCUCGACUCUCCGAUUCCGAGCCCCGUCACCCCACUCGGCUCUGACUCUCUCUUCUUCCCGAGUUCCGGGUCCGAGUCGCCUUCAUCUCCGGCGGCGGCGGCGUCGGAGGAAGAGAAGGCGAUUGCCGAGAAAGGGUUUUAUUUGCACCCUUCCCCACUCAGCACGCCGAGAGGAUCAGACCCGCCCGAGUUACUGACCCUGUUUCCGCUGAGUUCCCCCGGUCACCAUGAUCACAAGUCUCAGCAGCACUCCUAA